AUGCCUCGUCCGUCUAAAAAAAAAAAGCAAGUAGCUGCUGCUUCGGAAGCUCGAAGAAAGAAAAGACACCAUUUGAGUAAUGAAUCUGACGAAGAUGAUUACUCAGGUGAUGAAUUUGAUUGCGGGUUCGAUGUUAAUGAAGAUAAUGACCAAACUAUAAGCGAAAGUCACAGAAAUGCUAUGUUUAAACUUAUGGAGGCAAGUAAAACUUGGCUGAACAACGACCAAAGAUCUUUAGUAUAUAUUGGUAAUUCGAGAACGACAAGAUGGCGACGAAAAGUUUUCUUCAAAAAAGCAGCAACGCAAACAUCAACUUUGGAAACAUUUUUUAUAAAUGCCAACGGGAAAGAAAUAUCUGUUAAUGAAACGUCUAUUAAUGAAACAGACCUACAAAAAGAUAUUCAACAACAAGACUCUCCUGUUCUCAAGUUGCGUCUCCAAUCCAUACACCAAUAUCUUAAUCUUCUUAAUAAAAAAUGGCCGAGGAUAAAGGCGGCAACAGCAAUAAGUGAGGCUCUUGGCCGGGGGUCGUAUUAUGCUAAAAAUAUUCGAACAUGGACGAAUAACUACGUUAAGUUCCGGACACUUCCAGUAAUUAAAAUGUGA